AAAAAAAAAAAAAAAGAAGAGUGUUCCACAAAUCAGUCUGAAUACAGACGCAGCACAAAUCGUGAACCAUUUAAUGGAUAAACUUGGUCAGCAGUCUGUGGAGGUGAUCAUGGAGGUUUUGACAAACAUGAUGAGAACUUAUCUGGUGCAGAGGCUGUCAGAGAGCAGCUCAGGACUCAAAGCUGCAGGAACAUCAGCUGAAGGAUUUGAUGUGGAGGACACAGAGAGAGAGAAACACUCUGAGGAUGAACGUUGGCCUGCACUGAUCCACCAAGUAGAAACGAUGGAGUCUGUUAUUGAGCUGCUUUUGGAAACUCUGGCUGCUCUGAAUGACCAGGAGCUCAAAGAGUUCAAGCAGGUCCUGGAACAAAUUCAUCAUCUCAGAUAUAAAUAUUAUUCAGACUUCCCACGGAUGUUGCACAUGAGGACAGACCUGCAGGACACAGUGUUUGUAAUGGUGCAGACUUGCGGCCAACAGUCAGUGAAGAAGACCAUGGAGCGUUUAAAGAAGAUGAAGAGGACUGAUCUGGCUCAGAGGCUGUCAGACUGCAGCUCACUGCCUAGAAAGAAACACUCUGUGGAUGAUCGACGCUCUGCACUGAUCCACACAGUGGCAACAAUGGCAGCUGUUAAACAUCUGCUUUUAGGAACUCUGAAUGAUUUGAGCAACAAGGAGUUCAAGAAAUUUCAGACUUUCGUACAGAUGAUUUUUCUUCCUUCUCCAUGGAGGUUUGAAUCAUCAGUCAGAGCACAGUUUGUGGAUCUGAUGGUGGAUGAACUUGGUCAGAGGUCUGUGGAGGCGACCAGGAAGGUUUUCUUGUACAUGAAGAGGACUGAUCUGAUACAGAAGUUAUCAGAGAGCAGCUCAGGAUCCAGAGAGAAACUCUCUGUGGAUGAAGAUGAAGCUGCACUGUUGAAGAGAGAAAAAGCUGUUAAAAAGCUGCUUUUGGAAACAUUGAGGAAGUUGAGUGAACACGAACUCAACAAAUUCAAGCUGUUUCUGAAGUUCACGUGCUUCAAGAUGGACCUGCCACAAAUACAGACCUAUAGAAACACGGCAGAAGAACUAGUGGAUAUGAUGGUGGAUGAACUUGGUCAUCAGUCUGUGGAGGUGAUCAUGGAGGUUUUAACAGACAUGAAGAGAACUGAUCUGGUGCAGAGGCUGUCAGAGAGCAGCUCAGGAUCCAAAGCUGCAGGAACAUCAGCUGAAGGAUUUGAUGUGGAGGACACAGAGAGAGAGAAACACUCUGAGGAUGAACGUUGGCCUGCACUGAUCCACCAAGUAGAAACGAUGGAGUCUGUUAUUGAGCUGCUUUUGGAAACUCUGGCUGCUCUGAAUGACCAGGAGCUCAGAGAGUUCAAGCAGGUCCUGUGUGAAAUUCAUCAUCACAGAUACAAAUAUGACUCAGGCUUCCCAUUGAUGCUGCACAUGAGGGCAGACCUGCAGGACACAGUGUUUGUAAUGGUGCAGAUAUACGGCCAACAGUCAGUGGAGAAGACCAUGGAGCAUUUAAAGGAGAUGAAGAGGACUGAUCUGGCUCAGAGGCUGUCAGACUGCAGCUCACUGCCUAGAAAGAAACACUCUGCGGAUGAUCGACGCUCUGCACUGAUCCACACAGUGGCAACAAUGGCAGCUGUUAAACAUCUGCUUUUAGGAACUCUGAAUGAUUUGAGCUACGAGGAGUUCAAGAAAUUUCAGAGGUUCCUACAGACGAUUUUUCUUCCUUCCUCAUGGAGGUUGGACUCAACAGUCAGAGCAGAGUUUGUGGAUGAGAUGGUGGGUGAACUUGGUCAGCAGUCUGUGGAGGCGACCAGGAAGGUUUUCUUGUACAUGAAGAGGACUGAUCUGAUACAGAAGUUAUCAGAGAGCAGCUCAGGAUCCAGAGAGAAACUCUCUGUGGAUGAAGAUGAGGCUGCACUGUUGAAGAGAGAAGAAGAGCUGGAAGCUGUGAGACAGAUUCUCUUUGAAACACUGAAGGAUUUGAGAUUUGAGGAUCUCAAUGAAUUCAGGCUGUUUCUGAAGUUCACGUGCUUCAAGAUGGGUCUGCCACAAAUAGAGAGAUAUAGAAACAUGAUAGAAGAACUAGUGAAUCAGAUGGUGGAUAAACUUGGUCAGCAGUCUGUGGAGGUGACCCGGGAGGUUUUAACAGACAUGAAGAGAACUGAUCUGGUGCAGAGGCUGUCAGAGAGCAGCUCAGGACUCAAAGAGAAACACUCUGUGGAUGAACAUCUGUCUGUACAGAUGCAGACAGCAUUAACAAUCCAAUCAGACAGAGAGAAGCUUUUGGGAAUGUUGGAGGAUCUCACACAGAACGAGCUGGAAAAUUUCAAGGGGUUCCUGGGGAGCAGCGAUGCUGUGAUGGGGCUGCCACGUAUCCCAAAGAGCCGAUUGGAGGAGGUCCCCACCUAUAACCUGGUGGAUCUGAUGCUGCAGACUUACACAGAAAAGUCUGUGGAGGUGACCAAGAACAUCUUUGAGAAGAUUAACAGGAAUGAUCUGGUGCAGAGGCUGUCAGAGAGCAGCUCAGGACUCAAAGGACGAGAAACUGGAGGAAGUUCAGAGUCUGAGGAUUGUGGAAGUGUGAUGCAGGACUCCAGUGACUGGACUAAACUUGAACCUGAGGUGAACGGUACAGAUGCAGACGAGGCUCCAACUUACAGCCUUCAGUCUGAAGAAGGACACUUUGAAUGCAGUGUCUCUGGCUUGCGCUGGGUCUGUAAGAAAAAGGCCAGCUUUCAGUACCAGUUUGGUUCUUGGGAGGGACACAUGGAGAGGAUGGAAAGCAGAGGAUACAUGCCUGCAGGUCCCCUGAUGGACGUCACAGUCACUGCUGGGAAGCUAAAUGAAGUUCACCUUCCACACUGGAUCUGCACAGAUGACAUCCCUGACAUACUGGACAAGUUUGCAGUCCUUCACAUAGAUGACUGUGGAGAUGUUGUGGAGAAAGUGUCUGAGGUCACACCAUCACAUGUCAAGAUAAUGGAGCCAAAUUUCUCUCUAAUAGGAGCUCUGAUAAGUUUCUUCUUUCCUUUGAAAAUCAGCUGUUUUAUGCUGAUGUACUAUAAACCCAACACAUCGUUCCUCAAACUCCACGUUUAUCCAAUCCGACAGGAUCCUGCUCUGGAACAGAGAAUAGACAAGGAUGAGACCUCAGAUGGAUACAAAAGGCUCAAAAAGCCACACCCAGACGGGUACCUGCAAACUGAGCGUGCUUUCAGCCUCAGAGCCGACAUGGAAACAGCAGAAAUCCAACCAGAGGAGUUAACCUUCAGAUAUAACAGCCUGAACUUCUAUGAAGUGUACAUUGAGGAUCCAGAGAGAAAACUCAACCUUACCCUCAUAGACACAAAUGAUGGUGAACCAGAACAUGAACCAGUUUGGAAGUGCAAAAUUCAUAAAAAUGAUUAUUCAGCAUCUGGCCGUGUUGAAGAGAAACACUCUGUGGAUGAACAUCUGUCUGUACAGAUGCAGACAGCAUUAACGAUCCAAUCAGACAGAGAGAAGCUUUUGGGAAUGUUGGAUGAUCUCACACAGAACGAGCUGGAAAAUUUCAAGGGGUUCCUGGGGAGCAGCGACGCUAUGAUGGGGCUGUGUAUCCCAAAGGGCCGACUGGAGAAGGCCAGCACCACCUGUAAGUUGGUGGAUCUGAUGCUGCAGACGUACACAGAAAAGUCUGUGGAGGUGACCAAGAACAUCUUUAAGAAGAUUAACAGGAAUGAUCUGGUGCAGAGGCUGUCAAACCUCUUUCCCACCAACAGGGUUCCGGAGCCGGUGCCUUUAUUUGAACCUUUAGGCUGGUUUUCCACCGCAGAAGCACUCGGUGCUCGGCCAAAAAACGGGUUCAACUCCGGCCCUGCAAACUAGCUGGUCUCGAACCAAUAACGUGUGACAAAAGCAGCAGAAGAGCGUGACUCUGCCAUCUCAACAUCAAGUUUUCUACCAUAUUACAUGUGUAUUACAUGAGAAAAGCGAAGCGAUUUUCAUGGCUGUGAAUUAGGUUGAGCUCUAAGGCUGAACUUGCUGCUUUGUAUCAGUUCAUAUCACAGCUAAAAGGACACUGUUAGGAUAUUCAUGGUAUAUGCCACAUAUAUAUCUUGUGUACAUUUAUGUACAUGUACACUUCUGUACAUGAGAAAUUUGUUUUUGAUUGGAAGAUAAACAUAACUGAUUAAAAAUACAGAAGCUUGUAAUGUUCUGUGUCAUCAUGAACUUUGUGUUCUGACUGUACAAUGAACCACACUGAUGAAGACUA